CCUCAGUCAGCCAGGUUGGCCUGCCUCUCUGGCCACCAACCUCUCCUCUCCUCCAGCAUGGUGUGUCUGUGGCUCCCCAGAGACCCCUGUGUGGCGGCUGUGGUCCUGAGUCUGUUAAUGCUGAGUCCUCCCGUGGCUUUGGUCAGGGACCCCCGACACGCUGCUUCCACAAUAGCAAGGGGAAUUCCACUGUCUAUAGUUUGCUUCUGCUUUGGAAAUCAAGUCUUUGAAGAGGCUGGGAUCCCCAUGACACCUAUGAGCACGUUUUCUGGAGCAGUUGAAGGCUGAGUGUCACUACGUCAAGGGGAGGGAGCAUGUGUGGAGCGUGACCAGAUUCAUCUAUAACCAGGAAGAGUUUGCCCGCUUUGACAGUGUCUUUGGGAAGUUCCUGGCAGUGACUGAGCUGGGGCGGCCCAUAGCUGAGUACUUGAACACCCAGAAGGACAUGCUGGACAAUUACCGUGCCUCUGUGGACAGGUGCAGAAAUAACUAUGACCUGGUUGAUAUCUUCAUGUCGAACUUAAAAGCUAAACCCAAGGUGACCGUGUACCCUUCAAAGACGCAGCCCCUGGAAUACCACAACCUCCUGGUCUGCUCUGUGAGUGACUUCUACCCUGGCACCAUUGAAAUCAGAUGGUUCCGGAAUGGUGAGGAGGAAAAGACUGGAGUCGUGUCCACCGACCUGAUCUCUAAUGGAGACUGGACCUACCAGACCCUGGUGAUGCUGGAGACGGUUCCUCAGGGUGGAGAGGUUUACACCUGCCAGGUGGAGCAUCCCAGCCUGACCAGCCCUGUCAGAGUGGAGUGGAGGGCUCGAUCCACAUCUGCACAGAACAAGAUGCUGAGCGGAGCCAUGGGCAUGGCGCUAGGUCUGUUCAUCCUCGCGGUGGGGCUGUUCAUCUACUUAAGGAAUCUGAGAGCAGGAUCAGUGUCUCAUGGUGCUGGAGAAGGAGCCGAGAGUUCCACAUCCAGAUUGACGGGCAGCAGGAGUGAAUGUCACACUGGGCCUGCAUUGAGCGUCUGAGACCUGGGAGCCAGCCCCCAGUGACACACUUUCUCCAACAAGACCACACCUGCUCCAGAAAGCCAUAUCUCCUAAUAGUGCCACUCCCUCUGAUCCCCUGGGAGCCAUUUUCUUUCUAACUACCACACCGACUCUUAUCUAAAACCUUGCGUGUGGCUCCUCAGGGCAGCUAAGCACCACAGAUCUCAUGAAGACAGCUAGAAACUGGAUGAGUUUAGAGAGGACUGAGGUUUGGUUCUAAUGAUGGAUGUCCACUCCUCUGUGGACCUGCACAGAGCAGGACCCUGAGAGUCCGUCUCCAUCAUGUGUGAAGAAUUAGUUUCAAGUGUAAGAAGCUAGCAGUCAGUCAGAAGCCUCUUUCGGCAUAGUGAUUGAUAAUGCAGGGCGAUUCACACACAGCCACACAGGAUUCAUUUUAUGUCAGGGCAAAUUCAAGUCUCAGUUAUGCAUGUGUUAAAGCUCAUUAUGUAUUUACAUAAACUAGAUUUUCUGAUAGGAAUUGGAUAAGCUUAGAGUGAUGUGUUUGACGCCAGAUCGGCAGCUUCACCUUCAAUCCAAUAAUUUCCUUAUCUAAUAAAACCUCAUGUUUACCUGUGAAGUUUAAAUACUGCUUAAUGAUUCCCUGGGUGAGUAAUAGAGAUAAGGAAUGGAUGCAAACCAACAAGUAAAAAUGAAUAACUAAAGAUGCUCACUAGGGUUUUCCGGGGCAUUUUGUAUUUACAGAGUGACUUAGAGAGAAUGUCGUGAAUACGCUCGGUCUUACCGUCUCCCAGUCUACUCUUCCAAGUGUUUAACUGCAUUUAUUUUUCCCUAUGGUAUUUUAUAGUUUUCCAAACAAAAGUCUUCCUAGUGUGUUGGUAGUGCUAUCUGUGUAUUUGGCAUAUUUUUAACAUAUAUAUGCUAUAUAUGUAUAUGAGAUGCUUGUAUAUACAGACAUGAAAUUUUCUUCAGCAGCAGCAUGCAGUCAAUAAUUGGCAUUUUUUGAUAUUAUUGUUGAAAGCAACAUCGUCUUGACUUUGGUUUCAUUUGUUUCUGCCAGAAUUUUAUUUACAAUGACUUUGUACCCUACAUUAUGAAACUUAGUAAUUCUAUGCAUUCAUUUGGUUUUUUAAUCUGGCUACAUCUAGAGGAAACUAUGGCAACUUUGUAUCCUUUGAGAUCCUAAUCCCCUUUGUGUAUUUAUUUGGCCAUUUUCCUCAUUGCCCAUUGUAUGAUGUUCUAGAUACCAAACGGGGCAGCUUUGAAUACGCUACCCCCAUGCCUGAUGUGAGCAGCAGGGCAGAUGUCUUUUUCCAGAUCAAAUAAAUUGUUUUUUUAAAUGC